UUGUACUAGACUGACACAACUAAAAACUUUGUUUAUUAUUUUGUAUGUUUACUUUUUGGCAGCACUAAAACUGGUACCACUAAUCUGGCAUCACUGUGCAUCAUACUUUAUGCAUAAACAUCACAAAUUACGUCGCACUUGCACUUUGUUCUGAUCCGUGUUUGGUUAAGUAGGGCUGAGCUUGUUUUUUUUCUUUGCAUUGUAAAAUACUAUAUAAAUAAAAUAUUAAAUACGUGUUAUUUAAUACAUAUUUUGUGUAAAACAUUCCAUUUGCCGGUGUUUAUUAUCGAUAAACCAAUUCACAUUUAGGUGGAACAAACCAAAGGUCAUAUUUGCAUUAACCUGAAAAAUAAACAACGAUAAAAAUGAGUGAGAAAUUGGAUGUAAUCAUAUUCGGAGCCACUGGUUUUACAGGUAAAUACACAGUUUAUGAAGCAGUGACGGUCUUAGAGAAUUUACGUUGGGGAGUUGCUGGACGUAAUCGUAGCAAAUUGGAGGAGGUGCUUAAAGACAUGGGCCUAAAAGCAAAUAAGAACUUGUCAAACAUUCCAAUUAUUAUUGCUGAUAUCGAAGAUGAAGCCUCCAUAGCAAAUAUGGCACGUAAGUGUCGCAUACUUGUGAAUUGUUGUGGUCCAUAUCGUUUUUAUGGCGAACAAGUAGUACGCGCUUGUAUUGAGGCUGGCACUCAUCAUGUUGAUGUUAGUGGUGAACCACAAUAUAUGGAAACAAUGCAAUUAAAAUACAAUGAACAAGCAAAGGAAAAAAAUGUAUAUGUUGUAUCAGCUUGCGGAUUUGAUUCUAUACCCGCUGAUAUGGGUAUAAUAUUUAUAGAAAAGAAUUUUGAUGGUGUUGUUAAUUCAGUCGAAACAUACCUUCAAUGUAGUACAAAAGGCGAGACAUCUGGUGGAGCCAGCAUACAUUAUGGUACAUGGGAAAGUGCCGUUUACGGUUUAGCACAUGCAAAUGAAUUACGUGGCAUACGUUCGAAGCUAUAUAGCAAUAAAUUACCUAAAUUUUAUCCUAUACUCAAAACUCGACCAACUCUUUUCCAUUCAGAAAUUGUAAAUGGUAUUUGCCUACCAUUUCCAGGUUCUGACCGUUCAGUGGUUAUGCGUUCGCAACGCUUUUUAUAUGAAGCAGAAAACAAACGACCAGUACAGAUGCAUGCUUAUGUUGCUUUUAAGUCCUGGGUUACUGCAAUGCUUGUCGCUAUUAUUGGUGUAACGUUUGGCAUAUUGGCGAAAUUCGCUUUUGGGCGGCGUUUACUUUUAAAAUAUCCGAAAUUUUUCUCACUUGGAUUUAUAUCUCAUGAAGGACCUACUGAAUCUGAUAUGGAGCGUCUAUUAUUCGAAAUGACAAUGAAGGCUGUGGGUUGGUCAAACUCUGAACGUUUGAGCGAACCCACAGAUCAAUUCAAAGAUCCACCGAGUAAAACUUUAAUGGUCAAAGUAUCUGGUUCCAAUCCUGGUUAUGGUGCUACUUGUGUUGCCUUGCUCUGCACAGCUAAAAUCAUACUUAAGGAGCAUGAAAAAAUGCCAUCAACCGGUGGUGUGUUCUCACCUGGCGCAGCGUUUGCCAAAACAAGUUUAAUAAGUGAAUUGGAAAAGCACGAGCAUGGCAUGAAAUUUGAGAUUUUGGCAAAUAAAUAAGUGCUUCUUUAAAUAUUUCUGCUACUCGAAAUAUAUUUGUUAUUAAUGUUAGAUUUUAAUAUUGUUAUAUGAGGUGCAUUUGAUAAAGGAAGUGCAAAGCUUUAUUUUGGUUUUAAUAUUACUAAAA